CGUGGUUACAGAACAAAAACUUUGGGAAAAAGCUGUCUGGUUUUAAUGAGAUCAUGACUUCGUGUUAUUUCAUUAAACGCUACAUUUGAGUAGUAGAUGGGCAGGUAAUUGUGUGAUAGACUGAAAGCCUGGAGUAUCACAGAAAGAAAAGAGAAAACAAUACUAAAUACGAAAUAAUCUAAAUAGUACUGCAACAACAACAACAAGUUGGCCUGCUGUAAGCAAGGUCCAUUUGUUUUAGUUGUCAUGCUGAAGAUGAAAAUCUGUGGAAGUCGCUGAGACUUGAUUUAUGUGACUGCUUUAUUUUUCGGGAAGAAUGUCUUGUCCAGAAGGUUACGUGGUUGGGCAGGUUGCAAACCUUCUGUCAAGGAGUGAUGUUUUCAAAUCAAGUGUUAAGACAGUGAGCAGAGAAAAGGCAGAGAGAAAGAAAAGAAAGUUGGAGUCCUUGUUUACAGUGUCACAGAGCUAUGGUGUAAAAAGGAGUGCCGAACAACCUGGAACAAGGUCAGAGAGAGGCUACAGCCCUCCCUCGGGGGUGGUGCAUGAGUCUGUCCAUGCUGAGAAAGUGCAUCAGACUACAACAACUCCACAAAACGAAAAAAAGAGAAAAUCCCCAGCUGACUCGAGUCUUUCAAAAGAGAUGGAGAGAUUAGGCCCUCUGAAGCGAAUGAGACGUAAUCGUCGUGACAGGACAAACGAUGAGAGAACUGUGUUUGUAGGAAACCUGCCCACUACAGUUACACAAAAGGCCCUGAAAGGACUGUUCAAAACAUUUGGUGAAAUAGAAACGGUUCGCAUUCGCUGUGCUCCAAGAGCAGACUUGAAGAUACCCAAAAAGUUAGCCAUAAUUAAGAAGGAGUUCCAUCCCGAUCGCCAUAAUCUGGCCGCUUUUGUUGUGUUUAAGAAGUGUGAGGAUGCCCAGAAGGCUACAGCAUUGAAUGGUGACUUGUACACAGAAGGUUUUCAUAUGAGGGUUGAUCUGGCCAGUAAGGACAAACAGCAUGACCAUCAAAGAUCUGUUUUUGUAGGAAAUCUUCCAUUCGAUGUUGUAGAGGCAGAUGUCUGGCAGCACUUCCAGGAAUACGGGGAGGUUGAGAAUGUACGCCUGGUGAGAGACCGUAACACCAGCAUUGGCAAGGGCUUCGGCUAUGUCCUUUUUAAGGACAAAUCAUCGGUUUCUUUGACACUCAAAUUCGGGAAACACCAAUUUAAAGGGAGGGAACUGAGAGUUCAGCAAUCAACUGCACAUCCUGUGGAGACCAAUGGUGGCAAAGGAAAGUCUGAUGACCUCAGCACAGCCCAGAAACACAGGACAAGGCCCAAGUUUAAGGCCAGCAACAUUACAUCUCAUUCAUUUCAAGGGGAUAAAGCCUUCAAAAAGUCCUUCAAGAAAGGUCAUUCACGCAAAGGACAGAGACCUGCGUCUGUGGGAGAUGUUGGUGGGAGCAAGAAGACAUCAAAGGGGUUUAGUGAGACACAAGGGACCAAAUCCACAGGACAAAAACGUGUGAACAGAGCCGUUGAACUGAAAGGACAAGCAAAGAAAAGCACUUCAAAGAAAGGACUCCCAAAGAAAGGAAAUCACAAAUUUCACAAAGCAAGAUAAAUAACUUUAAGACUUGUUACAACUCUGCUUGAUAAUUGGGAAAGUGUUUAAAUACAUGUAUUACAGUAGUAAAGGUCUUCAAUGAAUCGGGUUGCUGAUCGUUAAUUCAAGAAGUAAAUGAGUUGUGCGAGAGCAGGCGGAAUUCCAUGCAUGUUCACCAAGUCACAGUAUAUUCUACUGUGCGUGUAGGUGAAAUUCAACGACUGUUUCUCUUGUCACAUUAUUCUGUGCUCUGAGUGUAGGUGAAAUCCCAGGCCUGUUUAUCCUGUCACAGCAGACUGUGCUGUGAGUGUAGGUGAAAUCCCAUGCCUAUCCUGUCACAGUAUACUGUGCUGUGAGUGUAGGUGAAAUCCCAGUAUACUGUGCCGUGAGUGUAGUUGAAAUCCCAGGCCUGUUUAUCCUGUCACAGUAUAUUCUGCUGUGAGUGUAGGUGAAGUCUCAGGUCUGUUUAUCCUGUCACAGUAUAGUGUGCUGUGAGUAUAGGUAAAAUCCCAGGCCUGUUUAUCCUGACACAGUACAUUCUGCUGUGAGUGUAGGUGAAAUCCCAGGCCUGUUUACCCUGUCACAGUAUACUGUGCUGUGAUUGUAGGUGAUACAACUUUUUGCUCUGUCACAAUAUGCUAGGCUUUAAGAGUAGGUGAAAUUCCAUGCCUGUUCACCCAGUUGCAGUACAUGGUGACACCAGACAGUACACCCUGCCCUGACAAAGUGCAUAGCUGACAGACCAGUACAGUGACACCAGACAUGACACUCCAUGUAUAGUAUACGGCUAAUAGACCAGCACAUGUUCACCAUGACGCAGUAACAGAGUACAGUCAAUGGACAUCACACCCCAAGCAAUGACUUCAGAUGUAGUUGCAAAAAUAAAUACCAAUGUAUAUGGA